AUGAAGCUAGAUCUAUCUAAGGUUCCAUCUUCACGCGUUGCUGUAAUAAUGACUGACGAAAACGAUGACUUCAAAGCCCUCUCAGAAGUCAUCAAAGACGGUGAUAUUAUUACAACUCAGAUUCGAAGGAAAAUUGAAAUAGGAAGCACAAAGAAAAUCGAAAUUCAUGUUGCACGUGUUGAGAUUACAGGCGUUGAAUUCGAGCUCGGCUCAAACGAAAUGUGGCUAAGUGGAAGAAUUGCUGACAACUACGAGUUCGCUAAGGUAGGCGCCAGUCAGAGAGUACUUCUUCGUUUGGGUUCCAAAUUCGAACUCUGGAAACAUGAAUGGACAAGCGAGGAAAUAGAAAAACUGAAAUGUUCCCAAGACAACAGUUCCGGCGUCGAAACAUUAGUAAUCCUGCUUGGCAAGCAUUCAGUCUCUAUUUAUAACCAGCUCGGCAAGCACAUUGCAACGAGCCACUACACUAAUGAAGGGAAAUUGUACGAGGAAACCCAAAAGCUCCUAGAAGACCUCGAUAAAUCUGAUCUCAAGUGCAUCCUACUUAUCUCAUCCAGCUCUCCAACAGACAAACUCUACAGUUAUUUAUGCGAUAACUCACUUGCUUUGAAUAUCGCAGCAGUUGCCAAAGAUAAAGCCAUCCUCCAAGGAACAUGCAAGGCAGAUACAACAGAAGGAGUACUAGAAGCCAUCGCCAAACAGCAGCACAUUAUCGAUAAUUACAUUUACUCGAUGUACAUCAACGAAUACCAGAAAUUCAACCAGUCAAUGCUCAUGGAUAUCGAUAAGGUCGCUCUCGGCAAUGACAACGUAAAGAAAGCUACACAAUACGGUGCAAUUGACACUCUUUUCGUUACAGAGGACUACAUAAGGAAAAUUGAGGACAGCAAGAGAGCCGCUUUCAACAAAUUCAUUGAAUACCUCAAAUCUACUGGUUCAAACGUUUUAAUUCUUCCAAAAAGACUUGCACAAAAUUCAGAGCUAAACAACUUAUCAGGUAUUGCUGCAACACUUAGAUUUAAGAUUUAA